AUGAGUGGGCAAUCACCAGUGGUUGGUGAGUCGCAGCAGCAGCAGUCGACGACACCACCGCCCGCGCCUCUCGUGUUCUACGAUGCUGCAGCCGUGCUCUGUGUGCCGGUGACGCCGCAACAGGUCACUGCCUUUAGUCCACGCGAGCGUGGUCAAGCAGCACUCUUGUUGCCGGACGGGAGCGAGUACUACGGUGAAAUGCUGUUGGAUCAGCCGCAUGGCCUCGGUGUGAUGCUGUUCAAAUCCACCUCUCUCCUCUACGGUGGCGGUGACAGAUACGGUGGAAUGUGGAAGCAUGGGCUCUUUCACGGCGAGGGUGUCCUUUUAACGUCGGCCUAUACAUACCAGGGCGGCUGGUUUGAAGGGAAGAUGCACGGGCAUGGGCAGAUUAUGUACAGUCGCCGUGUGACCGACCUCGUGAUGCGCGGCAUCUCUGCCUUGUCGGCGUUUGAGCGGACACACACACCACUCGAGUACACUGGAGAAUUCCACCACACCCAUCACCGGCAUGGGCGUGGCAUGAUGCGGUACGCCAACGGUGACGUGUACAAUGGCGAUUGGGCGUCCAACCGCCGCCACGGCCAGGGUCGGCUUGUCACAGAUGACGGUGAGGUUUAUGAAGGCCAAUGGAGCAAGGACGAGCGACACGGCUAUGGCAAAAUUAAUUAUGUUGACGGUGGUGAGUUUAAAGGCAUGAUGGUGCAUGAUAAGCAGCAUGGUGAGGGAGUCAUGAUGUUUCCCAACGGCGACGAGUACUACGGUACCUUUACAAACAAUCGAAUUCACGGGCAGGGCACGAUGCGCUACAAGAACGGCGACGUGUACGAAGGAAUGUGGAAGCAUGGCCUCCGCAAUGGUGAAGGGAAGUAUACACUGCGCAAAAAAGGUGCAACAGUGGAGGGUUGCUUUGUGAACGGCCUCAUUCAAGGACGGGGCGUUGUGCAGCACCCGGGCGUGUCGACAUUUGUUGGGGAGUUUGACCGUGGCGAGCGGCGGCACGGCACGUUGUUUUGGCACGACACGGCCCCCAGUGACAAGGCCUGCUACCAAGGUGAGUGGCUCGGUGAGACGAUGCACAACCGUGGACUACUGUGGUAUCGCAAUGGCGAUUUUUUCUUUGGGCGGUUUGUGAAGAAUAAGCGGCAUGGGGCUGGAAAUGUGCGCUAUGCUGAUGGUACCGAGUUUAGCGGCAACUUUGUCAACGACCUACGCGAGGGACAGGGUGUUUUGCAAGCAGCAAAUGGAUCUAUUCAGGCGGGUUUGUGGCGUGGUGAUGUCUUUGUGGAGGGGUACGAUGGUGAAUGGGACGGCAUUUCCUUCAACGGCAUUGGUCACCUUCUCCUACGUGAGCCACCAGCAGCCGUCUCUGGGGGAGGCAACACUGGCACCAACAAUAGCAACAGUAACAGUAACGCUACGAAUGCUACAGCAACAGGAAGCAGCCUCGAUGGGGCCACCGCGCUUACCAACACGAAGCCGCUAUUUGAGCACUUUGGUCUCUUCCGUCACGGCGCACGUCACGGUGCUGGCGUCCUUCGGCUUGCAGGACAUGUGUUGAUGGGGAGCUGGGUGCAAGAUGUGUUGGAGUGCGAGACGGGCUCGUGGGAAUUCCCAUCGGGCGAUGUGUACAUGGGUGGGUUUCAGAAGGGCCUUCGCAAUGGGCCCAAUGGAUGCAUCUGGCUCACUGACGGUUCCUACUUUUGUGGGAGCUGGCAACUCGAUGCGCCUGUCGGCAGUGGUACGUUUCACGCGACAGAUCGCAAGAGGCCGAUUUACGCCCCCAAGGAAGAGGCAGCCGAUGCUGCUUCCACCGCUGCCAUUACCAAUACAGCCGAUGAUGAUGAUGAUAAUAGCAGCAAUGAUAAAAACAGCAGUUCGUGGGGAAUGAUGGGUCUCUUGGUCAGCCUUUUCCGCCGUAGGGCAUCACCAGCUGACAAGGAUACGAGACGUAUUGUUGGUUACCGUGAACAUUACGUAUUGAAGGGUGAAUGGGACCUCGCGCCGAUGUCUUACACUUUGUACCAGUCAUUGCUAGCGCGGGAUGGUAGUAGUGGUGUGGUGGGUGCGCCAUUCUCGAGUGGCGGUAACGACGGUGUUGUUAGUAGUAGUAGUAGUGGAGGUGGAGGUGGCGGCACGGGUGGCAGUGGUGGUGUAGCGCUUUGCAAGCCGCCCAUGUCCAUCGCUUUAGGCUUGCAGGAACGAAGUGGUGUUGUUGUCUUCAAGUCUGGUGUGUGUGUACGCACAGAGUGGCUGCACAACUACCCGCGUCUGAUGCUCCCACACCGUCCUGAUGCGCCCUUCCACAAUAAAAUAUACGGUGCGGACCGCAGCAAUAGUGGAAGUGUCGGUAGUGUGGGCGGACAAAAGUCUUGCACUUUUUGUGACAAACCUUUUACAUUUUUUCGCAAGGCAACUUCGUGUGCGCUCUGUGGUCAGAGAAGUUGCAGCUCGUGUCUCAACCCCAUCGAUGUGCGCGGCCACCCACAGAUCGAGGCGCUGCUACGCUUGCGAAUGGAUGACUCGAUGGUGGGUGACGCUGGCGUUGUUGCUGAGAAUGCUGUUGUUGCGGUGCAUGUGCCGGCAUGUGUGGACUGCGCGCGUACCGCACUGCUUGGUGUGGAGUUUAAUGUAAUUUGGAUACCGGCUCGAAGCUCUACUUCGUUGUCGGAGAAAAGUGAAGACACCCUAGAAGCCGCUGAGACAGCGAUGACCACAAGCACAGCCGCGGAGACGUCACUGAUGGAAUCAUCGGAGAGGGAGGCACCGGAGCCGAGCACCGAAAUCCCUGAGUCGAUGGACAUUGUGUACGAGGGCUACACGUGCAAUGGUGUCCCACACAUCUACGGCUCGCUGUGGUGGUGCAAGAAGGGCUACUACCUUGGAGCCUUCCACGAGGGUCACCGCCACGGCAGGGGUGUGCAGAUGAUACCGAAUGGCGAGAAGUAUGUUGGCUACUUCAACAAUGACGCGUGGCACGGCGCGGGGACGUAUUGCGCCGAUGACGGCUCCGUCUACGAGGGCGUGUGGGAACGCGGCAAGCUGUUGUCAGUGCACUACCACGGUGAGGUCGACGGUGAGUACCGGCGUCAUGGCAGGGGACAGUCGUACGAGGCAGAUGGAAGCCGCUACAACGGCGAGUGGCAGCACGGCGAGCGGCACGGUACCGGCAUUCUGCAGAGCGGUAGCGGCGCGGUGUAUAGCGGUGAGUUUGCCUUUGGGCAAGUUGAGGGCGAGGGAAAGUUGCUGCUAAGUGCGAGCGUCUUCUACGGCACAUUCCGCGGCGGCAAGAAGCAUGGCAAAGGGACGGAGCGCUUCGGCGAGUGUGUGGUGGAAGGGGAGUGGCACAAUGACUUGCUGUCAGGGUUCGUGCGCGUGUACGACGGCCUUGCGGAGGCGGUGUACGAGACGACGUACCACAGCGGCAACGAGCGCGAUGACUGCUUCGCGCCGCCGGUGAUGGUGAGCGACGUGCACAGCCAGAGCUGUGCGCAGUGUGGCACCGCUUUCUCACUCUUCCUCCGCAGGCACCACUGUCGGUUGUGCGGCGAGGUGGUGUGCGAUAGCUGCUCGCAGCACCGCGCGGUGAUGCCGCAGCACUUCAAGGUGGACGGCCACCGGCGCGUGUGCGACCGCUGCUACCAGCGCCUGGAACAGCGGCGCAUGCUCGGCAUUCGGCGCUUCAGCAGCGGUGAGGUGUACGCCGGCUGCUGGUCGCAGGGGAAGUGGGUCGCACGCGGACUAUUGCGUCGCGCGGACGGCAGCGUCGUGGUCAUGGACGGUGCAGGCAAGCCGCUGGUGCAAGGGGCGAGCAACAACUCAUUACAAUCCACAGCAGAAACAGCGACACCAAUGGGGGCAGGGACAACAACACUCACGCAGGAUUCGCAACCGCUGGACGCGACGCCCGACGUGGAGGUGCUGCGGCAGUUGCCGGCGUCGACCAGCACAGAGGUGGACGCCUUCACGCUGUGGUGGAGCAUGAUGCUCUCAGUUGUUGGGCUGAGUGUGCCGCUCGAGCUGACGCCCGUGACGCAGUUCGUGUUUCCGCGGCCCCCAGUGAUGAAGCCGCUCAAGUUGUUCUCAGUAGUCGACGGUGACAAUGAUGACACGGCGGCGGUGCGGGCGAGACGGUACAUCCCCGCCAUCCCACCAAGCGCACCGCAGCUCCCAACAGUAGCAGCAGCAGCAACGCGAAGAAAGUAUUCUGUCCCACCGCGACCGUUCAUUGCAGAAGAUGACGUGCUGCGCCGCGUGACGAAUGAGCGGAUGCUGGCGUUCCCUACAUAUCCCCCUCCCUCGGAAAGUGUGGGCGAUGCGGAAAGCAGCACUGGCGGUGGUGCUGGUGCGAACGAUGCUGUCGUCCUGUCGUGCUACCGCCGCACCCCCCUUCUGCCACCCACACCACAGCGGCCGUCGCCAGGGAGUAACGAGCGCGUGGCGUGGGACGAUUGGCAGGCACGUGGAGUGCCGCAGUACAACAACAAUAACAGCAAUAACAAUAACAAGAACGGUGGUGGCAGUACGCCGAAUCUGCAGCGGUGGCCAAGCGAGUGGCAGCAUGUGCCGUUCGCGUGUCCGUUCAUGCCGCCGGUUGUUGCUGAUAUUGAACGUGCGGUGCGUGGCGACGCGGCGUUGUGGCGUCCGCUGCCGUUCUCGGGGCCGCAGGCGUUUACACUCAUCGACACCCACGCCAGUGGUGUCGUGGUGGAGCAGCGCGUGACCGCGGCAAUCCCCGCCAAUGCGCAGCAGUGA